GACAAGAUCUAUCGUAUAGCUAGUGGAAGUAAAAUUGAUAUGCUUUUAAAUAUUUCUUCUUCUUUCGUCUGCGGAAAUCCAUCCUGAGAGCGAGUAAACGGCGACGGAUUCCGCCAUUGCAAGAUCCGCCGGGCCAUGUCGCUAGGGUCGGUGAAGAUGGCGGAGGAGGUGUGGCUCACUUGUCUCACCCACGCACUGACCACCGAGACCGAGGAGAUCAUGGGCCUCCUCCUCGGUGAUAUCCAAUAUUCAGAUGGUGGUCAUGCAACUGCACUUAUCUGGGGAGCAUCACCACAGAUGCGAUCUGACCGUCGUAAAGACCGUGUGGAGACUAAUCCGGAGUUGCUUGCUGCUGCUUCAGCUCAAGCUGAGAGAAUGACUUUGGUAACAGGAAAAACAACAAGGGUCAUUGGCUGGUACCAUUCUCAUCCUCACAUUACAGUCCUUCCAUCUCAUGUAGAUGUUAGAACUCAGGCAAUGUAUCAACUUCUGGACAAUGGUUUCCUUGGUUUGAUAUUUUCUUGUUAUAGUGAAGAUUCCCUGAAGGUGGGAAGAAUUCAAGUAAUUGCUUUCCAAUCUAUGGAUGGAAAACAGAGACAAGUUCCAUUGAAUACCAACAGCUCCAUCAUAGAAGUCGAAACAUCUUGGACUUCCUCGGAGAAUAGCAUGUCACCAUUCAAUUCCAGUUUAAUCAAGAACACUGAACAGGAUACUGGAGAUUCUAGAGCAUCCAAAAGUACUAGGGUCGGGGGAAGAUCUCCAGAGCUAGGGGAACUAUUUUCUCAUGCUGAUGUAGAUUAUUCGGCAAAGCAAAGGGCAAGAGAAAGCUCUCUGACUGUUUACAAUGAAGGUAAUGUAACUAAUGCAGGUGCCAGCUUAGAUUCUUCCGAUAUGACUCCAAGCAUGCAGGAGGCAUUGCAUCGUUCAAACAUGGAUAUGAGUGGUGCAGAGUAUGUUAGGAAGGAAGUACCACUUCAAGUUUUGCCAGCUAGAUAUCUCUGGAGUCUCGACUCUCCCUUGUCAUCAUUUACAGACAUGCAGCAUGUAUUAUUUGAGGAAGAACGAUCAGCAUAUAAGCAAGCCAUACUUCAAAACAUGCGUGACGGGAGAAUACACCCCUUGAAUUAUAUUCAUCACACUUCUACAUAUCAGGCUUCACUUUGUAAACUGAUGGAAUAUUGCUUAAACCCAGCAAUCAGCAUUCUGCAAGACCGUCUGAAGGAAAAUGAAAUCAAGCUAGCUACGCUAAUGGAGGAGGCGAAAUCUCUGGAGUCGGUCGCACAAAGUGUGAAAAGUGGCAUUAAGUCCGAGAAUCCUCACCAUCGUGGAAAUCGUAGCAGUGCCGCCGUUCCAACGACUAAGGAGUCACAGGAUUCUGCUGGUCCGAGGAGCCCCAGUAGCAUUGGCAGCAGGAGAAAGGUUCCAUGAUUAUAUACAAUCCUGAAGUAAGAUCAUUUGGAUAGUCAAUCCUCACAAUGAUCUUCUGAUUUCACUGUCAAACAUGUAUUCUUCUACCUCGAUCUCUUCCUGAGUUUUAUGGAACUCGUCGGGAGCUUUGGGCAUAUUUGCACGCGUAGUUUGUUAUAGAUUAACUGGUAAUGGAAUCAUACAGCAGCUCUCAACCAUGAAGAUAUCAGGUGGAGGAUUCGUUUAAAACCUAUUUUCUUA